AUGGGUAAAGAAAAACGACUAGAAAAACAUUUCCAUAAACAUAUUGAAGUAUUAGAAAGUGCAAUUGAUGAUCAAUUUCAAAGUUACAAAUAUUCUCAUUCAAAACCUGAAUUCAUCGAUCUGAAUUUUCAUGAUCCAAAGGCUAUACCUAAUCAUGUUGAAGUAUUGGCUCACUUGAAAUUAUUAAAGGCUUUUCAGGUAUUGAAACUCAAGAUCAUCCCUUCAAAUAAUACAGAUAAAGAAUAUAGUAUGAAGACAUGGCAAGUAUUCAUCACUAAAUCAGUUCGACGAUUUAUUAUUUUCGUCACGGCUUUGAAAUUAAAAUUUGGUAAUUUAGGUGAAGAUGUUUCUGAAAUGUCAUUAUUUAAAGAAGCAAUGUAUAAAGAUCAAACAUUUUUAAAAACGAUGGAGACUUUAAUACCCCCGUUAGAUGUAAUUAUGGUAUGGCAUUCAUUUUUAUUAAACCCAUCAUCAAUGUAUGAUAUUUUCAUUCGUGAAGAAUUUUUAAAAUUUGCAUUUUUACCAUUACCUUUACAUUUAUUGAAUAAAUUUAUAGAUAAUGUGACUUUUGAAUACAAUAUACCUGAAUAUUAUCAAAUGAAUUAUAUAAAUAUUAUUCAAUCAAUUACGAAUGAUGCUGCUGAUUUACAAUAUGAUACGACUAGAAAUUUUACAAUUUAUGAGGAUUUAGUUGAGAUAUAUUGUCCAAAUUGUAAAGUCAAACUAACUGGGCAAUUUCCAUUAUGUAAUGAUUCAGGCAUGGGAUUUGCUGAUAGUAAAUUCACAAUUGAGAAUACUGCCUUGAAGCAAGAUUUAAAUUAUUGUUAUCAUCUUGAAUUACCAGUUUUAAAUCAAGAUAACUUGAAAAUGUUACAGUUGUAUGCUGAUGUAUUUAGAACUGGUCCAAUACAAGGUACUUUUAAAUAUUUUUCAAGUAUUAUUUGUGCUCCAAGAUUUUAUAAACGUGAUUCAAUGCAAAUUUCAGAGUUAACUAAAGAUGAUAUAAGAAAAGAAUGGGAGAGGUUGAAACAUUUAUCUUAUAAUGAAUUCGUAGAACAAAUAUUGAAGAAAACAAAACAUAUCAGAAAUAAGAAUAGAGAUGAAGUGUAUUACAAAUUAUAUUCACAAUUCAAUUUAGUCAGUUUAACAGUUCAAAAUUCAUUAGAAAUUGGAGAAGACUUAGUUGGUUGUAUUUUAAGGCAAGAAAGAUUUGUUGAGAAAAUGAAUAAUUUCAACUGGUUACAUUCUCCAUUUAUAAUUGAAGGUAUGAAUGAGUCACUCAAUAGAUAUAAAAAUUAUUUUGAACUUUUAACUGAUUUUAAUCACAGAAUGUUAGUACCUACAUUGGACAUAGAUUUAAUAUGGCACACUCAUCAAUUAACAAUGUUUCGAUAUUUUAAAGAUUGUAAACUGAGUCCAUGUCAGACAGUAAUUGAUCAUAAUGAUAAAGUCGAAGAAAAUGUAUUAGGUGAUCAAUUUGAAGUGACUGCCAAAUUAUACAAACUAAAAUUUCAGCAAGAUUAUUCAUUAUGUUUUUGUUGGUAUUGUGUUAGUGGAAGAGUUGGUAAACGAGAUGUAUUGAAACUGAUUUUCAAAAAGAAAAAAGAUGAAUCAAAAUUACUUGAUAGUCCAUUAGUUGAAGAUUUAGAAUCUGAAAAUAUAACUCAUGUAAGUGGACAUAAUGCGAUUCGAAUUCCAAGUAAGAAGUCAAAAGAAUUAAGUGAAAAGAAUAGAUAUCCAUGGACAACUGAUCCUCAAUUUAACUUAUAUACUAGUCUGUCAUUAUUUGUUAUACCUCCAGUCAAUCCAAUUGGUUAUAAUGGUGAACAUUGUGCAUUUUUACAAGAUGAUUCACAAUGUUGCAAUGUUCAAGCUGCUUGUACUGUUCAAAAUAAUUUCUGUCUUGCAAUUGGUACAUCACAGAAAUACUCAAAUUCAGCAUCAUUAUGUAGAGCUACUCCAAUACCAGCUUAUGGUCUAAUUACUCCUGGUGUUGGUGCUGGUCCAGCUUUUACGGGAUAA